CUACUUAGCGUAUUUAUUUUUGUUUUUGAAUUUCAAAGCCAUAACCGAAUAGCUGGUUUCAAUACUUUAUUCUCCUAUUUACGAAAUAAUUUAAAUAAUGGCGAGAGUUGCACUCGAUAGUCCACCUUUAUUUUUAGUAGAAGAAAGAAUAAAAACCUUCAAGAACUGGCCCUAUAGUGACAAAAAUAAGUGUAAUGUCCGAAACAUGGCUGAAGCAGGUUUUUACUCAGUAGCGACGGGUACUGAAGAUGCUGAUGCCGCUAAAUGUUUUCUCUGCGGCAAGGAAUUGGAUGGUUGGGAAGCCAGUGACGAUCCGUGGGCCGAACAUAAAAGUCAUGCUGCUAAAUGUGCAUUUGUUCAGUUGGGAAAGAAAGAAGACGACCUACUUCUUUCAGAAUUUUUGUCUGUAAUCAAGCAGUACAUGGUAAAUGAAACUAAGCGUAUUGCGGAGGUGGCCAAAGAUCAAAUCGAUGAGAAGGCAAAGGCUGUCAGACGACGAUGCUUAGGGAGGAAAUGACAGUGUAGUUUUAAAAUUAUGUUGUGUGAUGUGUAAAUGAAUUAUGAUUUAGAUAUUAUUGAAUUUUGUGACUGCUUGUAUGAAAAUGUAUUGAAUAAAGUGUUAAUGCCUUAA